AUGACACGACCCAAAGUGCCUCCAGGUGUGUGUGUGUGUCCUACAAAAUACACUGUUGUACCCGCCUGCGCCGUAGGUACGGGCAUGUACCAGCACUAUCCCUCCUCGACUACCACAUACUCUACUACUCUACUACUCUGGCUGUAUCCGUCCAUGUUCGAGGCCCUGUUGCCACUUGCCCCGCCCUCUCCCCCUUCCCCCCUGUUGCCGCUUAUGUCGGACACGCCCUUCCCUUUCCCUCUUCUUCCUCUUAUCCAAUACGAGCACCAGCAUCGGAUGAACACUUCCGAGCUGGGCGUGCUGGGCGUAGUUCCACCACCUGCACGGACUUGUCGAGACAUCACCAUACGUGCAUCGUGCAACGGUCUCUGCCCUUGCAACACAUGUGACAAAGUGAGCAUCCACCCUCCCUCCUCUAUAAUCCAUAUCCCCCUCACUACUACCACUACCGGCACUGACCAAGAACAGCGCAAGUUCACCUGUGUCUACUCUGACCGAGAUCCCACCUCCCCUGGCCAUUCCAGCAGACCACCAGCCAAAAGACGGGCAGUCGACGGAGACAGCGAUGGGACACACGCACGCGACCAAUCUACAUCAGAUACGCCUGAAAACGCUUUCAACAAUGCGUCACCGAACGCUUCUCAGAGACGCAGAUCAUCUAUCAACCCUCAGCCGUUGAUCGAAGAGCAAACUAGUUCUUCCCACAAAACGCCAAGGCCGACCGUGGAAGCUACCAACAACAAUCCAGUCCAGCCGUUGCCCAUAGCCCAAGCCAAUGGAGAGGCUCAGGGGGUCCCCUCUCGGGGCACCACCGUCCUAAGUGCAGACGAGGAAGCCAUCAUCUACAGUCAGAGUCGAAUGCUGCAGGAUCCUACCGGUCGAGUGCUCUACAUUGGCGACUCCGCAACUUUGUCCUUCCUCCAGCUGCUCCGCAUGAUGGUCGAGACAGUUGCCGGUCCAUCCCCUUUUACCAACGACCCUCGUCGACACAAGAUAGUCGAGGGUCAUUACUCCCUCCCUUCUGGCUACCAACACAUACACCUUCUUCCCGAUUUGCAGACUGCCACGAUCCUUGUCGAAUCCUUCUUCGUCAAUACCCACGGUCUGCUACAAGUCUUCGAGCGGGAUCGCUUUCUCGAGCAUCUCAAUAAAUGCUACUCUGACCCACUUUCCGUAGAGCCGUCUUCACUGUGUCUCCUCAAUCUAGUCUUUGCUAUUGGACUGACAAUGGCAACACCACUCUCUGGAGGCACCGAGGCUUUCAUCAUUGACAAACUUCGGAGCGAGCAUCUCGAUCGAGCCGAGGUAUUCUAUCUAAACGCCAAGACUUUUUGCGAUCCUAUGAACGGUUUGGAAGACCAAGACUUUUGGUCGGUGCAGGCGCUGCUAUUGAUGGCCGUGUACCUGCUUGCAAAGUGCAAGCGUAACGCUGCGUUUGCAUUGAUUGGCAUGGCCGCCCGGUCAGCGCACUCGAUGGGUUUGCAUAGGGAGGAGACCAUGGUCAUCUUCAGCCCAGAGGAGCAGACACAGCGGAAGAACCUGUGGUGCUCCAUCUUCGUGAUUGAUCGUCUGCUGUCAUGCUCCUUGGGUCGACCGACGGCCAUCUCGGAAGACGAUUGCUCGGGCAACGCUCUUCAGCCCCCAGAUCAGGUCUUCGAACAGCCGUUCAACAUGGGCGUCUACUCGACGUCGGACUAUAAUGAGACUGGACCACCUGCACUGGAUGCUGCCGUGCGAAGUUGUUCCGUGAUUGGCGUGAUUCUGCGAAAAGUAUACCAGCAACGCAAGAUCAGCACUCGCCUUGCACAGGAAAUUGCCGAUGUUUGCAAGUCCUGGCCGCGCGCUUUACCUCCGAUAUUGCACUGGCGACAGGCGGCUAACGCUUCUCCAAGCCAAGGUGUUGCUAUUCUGCACGUCAAUUUGUUCUACUGUCAUUCCAUCAUUCUCCUGACUCGGCCCUUCUUUCUCUACAUUUUGAAUUUGGAGACGCGACGACAUGUAAACCAGAACUCUACAAGAGGACCAAGGCCGUAUCUUCGCAUGGAGAAGUUCAGCGAAGCCUGCGUCAUCGCCUCGACCCACACCAUUCUUCUUGUUCAAAAUGCCCUCGAUGCAGGUCACCUCUCGCGACGCAAUCCAGUCGUCGUUUACUUCCUUUUUGCGGCCUCUCUUGUCGCCCUCGCCAAUGAAUUCGCAGGCCUCUACAAAGUCGAUGCAUCCGAUACCUGCAUACUCAACGCCGUGACCAUCAUGAACUAUUGCGCCGAAAGUGAUCCCCAAGCCAGCCGUCUCGUCUACAUUCUCAGCUCCUUUCGUGACGUUGUUGCACAACAGCGGUUACGGCGCAAGCAGUCACAAAAUGACAAUGCCACGUUGCCUAGUAUCGCAUCGCAGCUCUAUGGCGUGACCAAUUCAGGGCAAACACAGACACAGACAACCCAAAUCAAUAGUGUUGUUGGGGGGUUGCCAACCUCCACAGGCUCCAUGAAUGCAACUCCGAGGCUCCAUCAAGUGCCCAUACACAUUUACCCAGGCAUGCACACGGCGCCUCUUCCAGACCCCCAACCCCCAACUUUCCACCCCAUCAACGCGCCUUCGGCCCACCCCGACAACCAUGAGCAUGCGCAAUCACACAGCCACCGACCCGCCCACUCGCAAGACUUUUCAGUUCACCUCUCUCCCAUCCAAGAGCCACCGUCUGCGACAUCUCCCUUCUCAACAUCCCCUCACGCCGCCUUUGCGUCACCGUCUAAACCGCCGUCUCUAUCAGCGAUGCUGGACUUGUCGGCGCUCGAUGCCACGCGUGUGCCUAGUUUGCAUAGCGAGGAGAGUGGAUUGGCCGAGCAGAUUGAUUUUGAUGCCUUGUGGGCGUGGCCGAGUAAUACGCCGGCCAUGGGAAGCCCGAGGGAAGAUGGCGGGAGUAUGGGUAUGGGCAUGGGCAUGGGCAUGGGGAAUGGGGAUAGGGAUCGGGAAAGGGAUCGGGUGCAGGGGAUUAGCGAUAGUGUUGUUCCCUUGUAUGGAGUUACUCGGGAGACAGUGGUGGGAGGCAUGGAUGGAUAG